AGAGUCACUGCCCUCCAACCACGACAACAUUCAAUCACAAACUUUUAUUUUACUCACCCAUCAAAGCCGGUGAUGUUUCCUGGAACUGGGAGACAUUCCUCGUGGGCAAACAUGGGCGUGUCAUCAAAAGAGCAGGCCCAACCAUAGACCCCGCCAGCCUAGCAGUGGACAUUGAAACGGAACUGACCCGCGUUUAAAACGUACUCGUUCCCCCCCCCCCCUUUUUUUCAAAAGAAUUGAAUAUAAAAAUACCCGGAUAUUAUAU